CGCGACAGAGCAAUGUCCCACGUCGAGAUGCUGCGGCGCUUGAAAUCCUGCGCGGCCGGCCUGCAGGCUCUCGGGCUCGGCAGGGGUGACCGCGUGUACACGCGCUUCUGCAGCUCCAGCGUCGACGGCCUAGUCGCCCUGUGCGCCGUGAUUUUCACCGGAGCCACGGUCAUCAUAGUCGGAGACUUCACGCAGGCGGAGCACUUGGCCAGCAUCAAGUCGCUGGACAUCACGCACCUCCUCACCGAUUCGGGAACAGCCGAUAGGCUGAUUCCUUUGCUACCAGAGCUGAAGCUCAAGGGUGCGCUGUCUGUGGACCAGCUGCCGGGCUUCACGUGCGUGUCGCCUCCGCAGUGGGCGAAUGAGGAGCACUUCCGUGACAACUGGAGCAGCACCAUCUGUGCAGACGAUGUCGCCAUGAUCGCGUACAGCAGCGGGACAUCCGGGCUUCCCAAGAACAUCGAAAUACCACAAAGAUGCCUCCUCUACUGUCUCGUCGCUGCCGAGGUCACUCAGCCACUGACGUCAGAUGACAUAUGCGUCACCGGUGCCAACAUCUGCACCUACAUUGGUUUCACGCUCUACCUCAAGGGACUGUACCUCGGCGCCACAUACCUGAUGAUUGGGCAGCGUGAACGCAUACACGGCCUUGUAGACGCCGUUGUCAGGCAUAAGGUGACGUGGUUCAUGAGCCCGCCUCUUCGCGCUCUGGGCUACGCGCGUCAAGUGCAGCAGAGCGGCCGUGGUCCGCCACCGUCGCUCAGCAGCAUCUUGCUCGCGGGGUCUCCACUGUCGGCGGCCGUCGCUCGAGAAGUGGGGGCCACCUUGCAACCGGACGAGACGCGCAACGCGUACGGCACCACUGAGACCGGCGGCAUUCUCACUAUGCCUCAGCCGGGAGAGUGCUGCUACGACAACGUCGGGUUUCGGCUGCCCGGAACCAGAGUCAUAGUAUGCAUACGUGACUCCUUACUGGGAUACAGCCUAUGUGACGAAUACUUCGACAAUUGGAGGUUUUCGCUGGCGUGCGGUAACUACUACAUUCGGCAGGCUGUAAACGUGUACACAUGGGUCCACUGUUAA